AUGGAAAAGGGCAGCUUGCUGAGCGUGCCCAGCAUCGACUACAGCCAAGUCGAGUUGGAACUGGUAGCGGAGCCCGUGGGCUCGAUCAGGAACUUUGAGAAGGUCCUAAAGUCGGAAGAGAAGAAGACGCCGGUCACCUCGGAGGAGCAGAGCGGCUGGUAUGACUUUGUUCGCAGGACCCGGCUAUUCUUUGAGCGCACGCCUGUGCACAAGAGGUACCUGGUGGGGCCGGAGAUAGCAUCCAAGCUGUCAGGAAAAGCUUGGACCAUCACGCACGAGCUGGACUUUGAGAAGCUCACCAAGGACGACGGCACGGCCUAUCUCUUAAAGUAUCUCGAGCACCGCCUGUGCAAGACUCCCGUGCCAGAAACGGGGCAGAAGCUCGAGGAGCUCUUCAUCAGGCUUCGGCGACCUCAAGGAAUGGCGAUGGCUCAAUGGGCCACGGAGGUGAGGGAAGCAUACAAACGCCUCCAACGGGCGCUGGUGCGGACAAGGAAAGCAGCCGGAAGAUUGAAGUUGCCCGCCGAGUCAACUACGUCAAAGAGGACGACGCAGGAACCAGAACCCGACCGUGGUGAUUCUCUGGAUCAGGAGAUCAUGGCUACACCGUCCUCGAGGGCGCCGAGAACCACACCUACGGCGAGCCCAACGAGACCCGGUGGUGGUGAACCUGGCGAAGAUGUUGGUCCUGCGGAAGAUGUUGAUUCGGGAGUACCUGAGGGCAAUGAUGGAGAAGGAGCUGAAGGGCAAGGCGAUGAUCCCUGGUGGCAGGAUGAUUCCUGGUGGUGGUCAUCACGCUGGUGGGAGACCCAAGAUGAGGAAGCGGACUGGCAGGCCUGGGACGAUCCUGGAGAAGCAACCGUCAAGUGGGAUGAGUUCGAAAUUGAGGACAUGGAGAUCCUGCCGGAUGAAGUUCUUGGGUGGCUACUUCUCAGACGAGCCGGACUCCCAGCGUCGGCUCGACUCAGUGUGCAGUCGGCCACUCAGAACUCUCUGCAGUUCGCCGACAUCGAGCGUGCGAUGAGAGACCAGGAGGAGGAGCUACUUCAGGCUGAACAACAGCGAAAUCAGCGGUACGAUAACCGGCCACGGAGAACCUACUGGGUGGAAGAACAAGGCCAGUGGGGCUUGGUCAAUGACGUGGCUGAGGAGGAGGAACCGCAGAGCAUCAUGUGGGUUGGUGAUAAACUACCUGCUGAAGUAUAUCAAGUACAGGAGCCGGAGACCUAUGGUAACCAUGGUGGUGGAGCAGUGAGCCAGGAUUGGGUCACGUAUGCAGAUGGUCAGAUGUAUCACUGGCAAUGGCAUGAUGACGACUUCUGGGCGGAGGACGCUGAUGGAAUCUGGUGGGCCUGGAGUGAGACAAAGCCAUGGAUGGAAAUCCAAGAGGCAAUGAUGGUGUCCUCGGAUGACCCGCUUCUCAACGAAGUAGCCGAGGUGUACCAGGUCUACAACAACAAGAUGCGGACCUUUCGGGAGUCAAAGAACAUGGCCCAGCAAGCUCGAACUGGUCGUGGUUUCUUCCCGAUCCACCAGAAAGGCUCUUUCAAGGGGAAGAAGGGCAAAGGCGGUGGAAAGUCAAAGUUUUCAUCUGCCACACCAAUCAUGGCAGUGGAAGGAAAGGGGAAGGGCUACGGAUCAGCCAAGGGAGCUCAGCGCGUGGGCAAUCCAGGAUUCACUGGAUGCUUCAUCUGUGGGGACAAGCAGCAUGAGUUCCGGAACUGUCCCAAGCGCAACAACAUGGGCAAGGGCUCCGGAAAGGUGAACGCGAUCUUCAUGGUUGAGGACAUCAAGGACGAGACUCCCAUGGAGAUCUAUAUGACGAACAUUGGUCCGGAUGGUUACGACUAUGGAGCGGACAGUCCGAGAGUGGAGUCGGUGGACCCCGCGUACUCUUUGCAGACGGCAUUCCCUGGUCACGCUGUUCUGGACUCGGGAGCCACUGAGACUGUGGGCUCUCUGGAGGCUAUCCAGGAACUGAUGGCCUUGCGGCAGGCGAAGUUCGGUCCAGAGCACUUCGAGGUUCUCUCCACCAACGGCAAGAGUUUCCGUUUCGGGAAUGGCCAGACGCAGUCAGCCGCCAGCUACCUUCUACUACCGCAGAAGCUCAACGGUGUGGACUUCCUGCUGGGAGUCUACACGCUGGACCAUGUGGGACGUGUUCCCCUACUACUUUCGGUGAAGACGUUGCAACGUUUGGGCGCGGUGGUAGACUUCGAGGAGGCAAAGCUUUACCUUCGAGUGAUCGGGGGAGAUUUUCCGAUUCCUUUGCAGCGAGCCGAAAGCGGCCAUCUUCUUUUGGAUUUAGCAGCUGAUUGGACGAGUACAGCCGGAGGUGAGAAUCACACCCCUGUCCGGCGCCAACAGAUCUUGUCCGACACCCGAGCAUACAUGGUGCGACUGAAGGGGGUUAGAGAUGAUCCAGCCAUGUCGGAGACCUCGGAUGCGGGAUUCGUGAAGGUGGACGCGGAGGACUCGCCGAAGGUGAUGGAUCAAAAGCCAAAGGCGAAGAGCAAGGCAAAAGGGAAGUCGACAGCCAGCAAGGCAAGGGUGCCGACGCCGGAGAAGUACGACCUCUCCAGAGCGACUGGACCAGAUCCUCGGGACCCUCGGUGCCAAGGUCCUCCUUGUCAUGGACAUCAUCGGGAGAUGAAGGAGGGCAAGGGAUCGCUGUCAGGCCGAAAUGGGCAUGGCCUAUGGAAGGUUUGCAGCGACUGUCGACUUCGCAUACUGUAUGCCCCCGCCUACGGAGCACACGGACAUUAUCGCCAAGCAGGCCCUCUACCGGUGGACACGCAGACGGUGGUGGAAGAAGAGAUUGCGACGAUCAACGAGAUGACGUCCAAGGAGAAGCUCAAUUCGAAAUCGGUGGCUCUUCGAGGAGCAGAAAAGUCACUGGAGGACAGGCUGCAGAAGAUCAGAGAACAAAAGACCAAGGUGGUGGCUCAGGAUCGACCGGGAGUGGUGAUCGCGACCGACAGCAAGAAGGCGGUCAAGCGGAACAACCAGGAGUCGCCGGAGACCUUGGAGGGCUACCUGCAGAUGGAGGAGGAGCUCCUGGAGGAGGACAAGACCUUUCUCAUCCAGGCGGUUCGGGAGUACGAGGAGGAUAUGGAAGAGAUCUACGUGAACAUGCCAAAGGAGCUGGAGUCCCAGUGUGAGCUCAUGGAGGUGUGUUGUCCGGAGACGAGCAGGCUCACGGAGACCUUCAAGAGAAGAGGAAAAGGCGCACUACGCCUGGGCCUGCCGGACGACUUGAGCACUCGAGCCGGUCUUGAGAAAGGGCUACAGAUGAUGCGAGAAAAGAGGCCCAGGAUGGUUUGGUUCUCACUGCCCUGUGGACCGUAUAGUCCCAUUCAGGCUAUGUUCAAUGAGAAGGACGAGAUGGCUUGGUGGAAAAGUCAGAUGAGGAAGAAGAAGAGUCGGAAGCUCAUUCGCCACGGCCUGAUCAUGGCGAGAGAACAGCUACGUCUUGGAGGAGACAUUGCAUGGGAAUGGCCGCGGCUGAAUGGAGGUUGGACGUUGCCGGAGGUGCGAGCUUUCUUCCUGGAACUGGAUCAGAGACAUCUCCUACAUGUGGCACGUCUGGAUGGAUGCAUGGUGGGCGUCAAGGCAGAGACGGGAGAAGCCAUGAAGAAGCCGUGGACUAUAAAGACGACCAGUCCAGGUUUGGCUAUGGCCUUGAGCAGAAGAUGCUGUGGAGACCACGAUCAUGUAGAAUGUCUGGGACAUGGUCGGGCCACGCAGAGCGGAUUCUACCCCCAACAGAUGUGCGACUUGAUCUAUCGCGAAGUAUGCCUACAAGCGCCUCGCGAACAACAAGUAGAAAGAGAUGUUCUCAUGGCCGAGCUCUACCCCGUGAUGGACGUGCCGGACAAGGGAUUGGAGAGUCUGGAGCAGGAGAACAAAGGGCUGGCAUCAUGCUUGAGACACCGUGGUGUGAGAAAGGAGGUGGUGCAGAUGGCCACAAAUUAUCAGUGUCCAGACUGUCAAGAGAUGAGAUUGGCAGAUGUGGCACCAGCUGUGUCUCUACAACGAGAAGGAGUUCUCUGGAAGACGAUUGUGCUCGAUGGGGCCGAGAUCAAGUAUGGAGACACGGUGGUCCAUGUGAUCAUCAUCUUGGACGAGGCCUCAAAGUAUGCGGUAGCCGCCGGGAUCUUUCGGAGGAACGCCGAGGAGUCUCGGAACACAACCGCUGAAGAGAUGGUGAAGGCCUUGGAGACGCAUUGGACCAUGCACUAUGGACUGCCGAGCAAGGUUCGACUAGAUCCUGAAGGUUCGUAUCGAUCCAAUCUGUUGCUGUCCUGGUGUGAGGACAGGGGCAUCGAAUUGAUGCCAUGUGCUGCAGAGGCCCACGAGCAGAUUGGCGAGGUUGAGUCGCUCAUCCGGAAGCUCAAGCAAGAUGUGCGGACGGUUCUGAACGGCCAGGAGUCGGUAGACCCGUUCGGCGCACUGACUUCAGUGGUGGCUGCCCACAACACCAUGGAGAGGGUGCAAGGACGACCUCAAGCUCGUUUCCUGCCGGGGGACUUGGUCUAUUACAAGAGGGUGAAACCACCAGCUGAUUCGCCGGCCAACCUCAUGGUGAGUCAGAAGUUGUGGCAUGCAAGUGAGCGUGAGAAGGCCAUCGCAGAUCAUGUGGAUUCUCCGGUUGCCUCGUGGACGUUUCACAGCUUGCUGCAGGGUGUUGAGAGCGGCCAGUAUGAUCGCUUCGACAACCGCAUGUUUCCUGAGGAUCUGGAGAUGCGGAGGUUUGCGAAGCAGCAUCAUCUCGAGAGGAUGAAGGAGCACAUCCGAGAGGCAGACUUCAGCAAGAACAGCAUCAAGAGGCAAAAGAUCCGAAGAGGGUACGUGAUUGAGAACCUGAACGAGGAGCAGGACGGUGGCGCCAUUUUGGAAGCAACUGAUCCUGAGAAUGUCGCAAACGGCUACUUCGUUGAGCUGGAGAUGGAUAUGCCGGAGAACCGGAAGCAGUGGAAGUUACUCCAGAACGCGCCGGAGGCGUUCUAUGUGAAGAAGAUCCGUGGAGCUGAGGUCAAUGUGAACCAGCUCACUGAGCAGAAGAAGAAGGAGUUUGACGAAGCUAAGGAAACACAAGGACUUGUAUGUGCUCAUGUGGACGACUUCAUCGUCAUCGGCAAUGAGCAGUGUGAAGCCUGGAUGGACGCCAUGCACAUCUUCCACGAUCGCUACCAAUGGAGUGACUGGGAGCAUGGCACCUUUACUCACUGUGGUGUGGUGCUACGGGAGAAUGAGGACCUCUCGGUCACGCUGGACCAUUCCAAGUUCGUGGAGAGCUUGGAGCCGGCCAUUUUUGAGGCCCGGGACGAUGAUUCUCCGGUAACGGAGAAGGAGCGCAGUCAACUCAGAGGACUUCUUGGUGCAUUGCAAUGGCGGUGCUACAAUACGGCGCCACAGCAUGCAGCAAGGUUGUCUUUGAUUCAGUCGGAGGUCAACACCGCGACCAUCGCGACUGUGAAGGCAAUGAAUAAGUUGCUACGUGAAGUGCAACAGCAGAGACAGAUCUCUGUGAAGGUGAACGCGCUUCACUGCCCGGCUGAGGAUGUGGAGUUCUAUGGUUGGUGCGAUGCGGCGGUUGGAAAUCGCAAGGACUAUGGCAGCACCGGCGGCUAUGUGAUUGCCGCUACCACUCCGGGCAUGGACAAGGGCGAGAACUCGCCAUUGACGAUUGUGGCAUGGAGGUCAGCCGUGUCAGAGUUCGGGGGCGCACAGUCCAUGUGA